CGCCCCUGUGAUGGCGUAUUUUUAAAUAGUCUCUGAACACCCGCUGCUGUGUUGCAAUCACACAUUUAUGCAUCUGGACCCAGUCUUGGCGUCAGUGCUUACCGGUCACCAACAACUCUGGCCUUGUUGAAAGUCGUUUGCAGAGGAGGGAGUUGGGGAGCCAGCCUCUCGUCCCUGCACUUCCCCCUUCCUCGUGUCCUUCCCCAGAGUCAGGGCUCUCCCAUCACGGGAGCAUGCCAGGCUGAGCCCUGCACAGCAGGCCUUCCUCUCACUGUCUCGAGUCCCCCUCGCCCGUCAGCAGUCAUGUGGCCUCGUCCGUGGGUGUGUCUGGCACACAUUCCCGAUGGGGCCGCCUCCUCCCAACGAAGUCAGCAGGCACUUCACCAGCAUUUCUCUGCUUACAGGUUGCUGGCAUGGAGCCCAGGAUGAGGAGGCCCCUUCAGAGCAAGAUGUUUCUGUAGGAGGGUCACAGGUCAGGACCCCAAAGCCAGGCGCAUCCAUCCAGAAGUCCCAGCCCUGUGAGACGUGUAGCUUGCUCUUGAAAGACCUUUUGCACUUGGCUGAGCAUGAUGGAACACACCCUGAGCGAGGCUUGCACACUUGUGGGGGAAAGCAUUUCCAGCACCAAAAGCAUCAAAUUAGAGAGAAACUUUUCAGAAGUGAUGAGGGGAGGCCUUCAUUUGUGAAGAGCUGCAGAGGUCACAUGACAGAGACGACCUUUACAUGCAGGGAAGGUGGGAAGGACUGCCCAGCCAGCUCAGGCCUUCUCCAACCACAGGUUCCUCAUGUUGUAGGAAAGCCACACUGGGACAUGGCAGGUGGAGAGGCCUUUCAGAAUGAACAGAAUUAUUAUAAGUGUACCCAAUGUGGGAAAACCUGCAGUCAUAAACAUAUACUUGUUGACCAUGAGAAAAUCCACACUGGAGAAAAGCUUUAUGAGUACAGGGAAUGUGGGAAGGCCUUCCUUAGAAAGUCCCACCUCCAUCAGCACCAAAAGGGCCAUGAUGAAGAUCAGCUUUAUGAGAACCCAGAACGUGGAGGAUUCUUUACACAGGUACCUGGCCUCAGUGACCACCAGGGUAUUCACAGCAGGCCAAGGCCUUUUGAGUGCAACCAAUGUGGGAAGGGUUUCCUUAGACUCUCCCAACUUGUUGGUCACCAGAAAAUCCACACAGGAGAAAGACCUUAUGGUUGUAGUGAAUGUGGAAAUUUUUUUAGGAAUCGCUCUACGCUCAUUAGACAUCAGAGAGUUCACACUGGCGAAAGGCCAUAUGCGUGCAGUGAAUGUGGAAAAGCUUUCACCCGCAAACAUAAACUUGUUGAGCAUCAGAAAAUCCACAGUGGUGAAAAGCCUUAUGAGUGCAGUGAAUGUGGGAAAGCCUUCAGCCGCAAAGACAAAGUUGUUGAACACCAGAAAAUCCACACUGGAGAGAGGCCUUAUAAGUGCAGUGAAUGUGGAAAAGCUUUCAGCCGCAAACAUAAACUUGUUGAGCACCAGAAAAUCCACACUGGAGUAAGGGCUUAUGAGUGCAGAGAAUGUGGGAAAUCCUUUAUGGACAGCUCUUCACUCAUUAUUCAUCAGAGAGUUCACACUGGAGAAAGGCCUUAUGAGUGUGACAAAUGUGGGAAAUUCUUUAGGUACCGCUUCACGCUCAUUAGACACCAGAGAACUCACACUGGAGAAAGGCCUGAUGAGUGCAGCAAUGUAGGAAAUCCUUUAGUUGCAACUCCACACUCAUUAGACGUCAGACAAAUCACAGUAGAGAAAGGCCUUAUUACUGCAGCAAAUGUGGGAAGUUUUUGUGGUACAACUCCGGUCUCAUUACACAACAGAGAGUUCACACUGAUGUGAGAGUCCUUAUGAGAACAGCGAGUAUGGGGACAUCUUUACUUACAACUCUGGCCUCGUUAAACACUGUCAAAUUUGCAACAAUAGAGAGAUGCCUUAUGAGUGCAGUGAAUGUGGGAGAGUCUGUUGAUUUAUGUCAUUUUACACUAAUUUGCAUUUUUUUAGUAUUUAUACUUAGAAUCCUACAGUCUACUUUUGCAUGGCUGCUUUUUAUUCUGUUUUUACAUAAAUGGAAUCCUAAAGUAUAUCCUUGCAUAGCUAUUUUGAGAUUUAUCCCUAUUGUGUUCAUUCCUUUUUAUUGCUGAGUGGUAUUCCAU